CACCCGGUAUAACGUAAAACCCUAUACAGCCACACCGAGCAAGAAGGUUCUACACACACACACACACUCAGAUCACACAUUUCAAUCUCAUCAAUGGCGGCCAGAAACGCACUCCUCAAGUACCUACGUGUGAACGUCACACCAGCUCUUCAAUCUUCUUCCGCUCAAAACCCUAGCGCUAUCGGAGGAGGACUGAUUCAGCUGUUCCGGCGCCAUUUCUCCGAGGAAGUUCGAGGAUCGUUUCUCGAUAAGUCAGAGGUCACCGAUCGAGUGGUUACCUGCGUUAAAAAUUUCCAGAAAGUUGAUCCGUCUAAGGUUACACCUACUGCCCACUUCCAAAAUGAUCUCGGGUUAGACAGUUUAGAUACAGUUGAGGUCGUGAUGGCUCUUGAAGAAGAGUUCGGGUUUGAGAUUCCUGACAAUGAAGCAGACAAAAUUAGUUCUAUUGAGCUUGCUGUUGACUUCAUUGCAUCUCAUCCUCAGGCAAAAUAAGAGCAGUAUGCCAUCAACUAUUUUGUUUUAUUGAUUUAAAAUGCGCAAAAAGUAUUUGCAUCUUGGGACUAUUUGUUCUUUUGAGUAUUUCUAUUUUCCUCUUUUGGCACUCUAAACCUGCAUACCUUGUAUGAUCUUUUAAGUGCUGCUUCCUGUUUUGCAUAAUUCCAGGUAUUGGGAAAUUACUUUAGUAUUAUUUGGAAUGAUUAUCGACUGUGGGAUAUUAGUUUGUUGAUGAUUUUUUAUUCGAUGAAUACCCA